AUGCCUCCCGGCGGUAGGCGCGGCGCCAAGCAGCGCCCCAAGUGGACCAGGGAACCCCAACUAGGUGACCUCGUCCUCGCCAAGAUCAAGGGGUACCCGCCCUGGCCAGCUAAGAUCAGCAGGCCCGAGGACUGGCAGCAUAAGCCAACGCCAAAAAAGUUCUUCGUCUACUUCUACGGCACCGAAGAGAUUGCUUUUGUUCCCCUGGCAGAUCUUGAGGAAUUUACUGAGAAGACAAAGAAUGAUCUGUUAGAUCGAGCUCCAAAUAUUAAAGUUCAAAGAAAAUAUGUUCAAGUAUUUAAUGAUGCUGUCGAGCAGAUCUGCAAGGCCUAUGAUGAGCUGCCAAAAACAUCUGAAGCUACAAAUGGAGCAUUGCCUGAUCGGAGUGAAAAGACUACAGAGCACCUUGUGAGGUCACCUGAUGUUGGUGAGACUCCAGGAUUGGGACAAAUGGAAGGUGAUAGCCCUACUGAUUACUCGAAUACUUCAGGGCAAGGGUCAGGGACCGAGGAGGAUGUCAAAGAUGGUGGUCAUGAAGUAAGGGAUCAUUCUUUAGCAGUUUCUCAAAAGAAAACAUCUUUACUACAGGAUCCUAAGCAUCCCAAGACAAAGAAGUCUGCUGCAUCCAAGUCUGCUCUUGACAUGUACACAGAACAAGAGCAUUCACCAACAUCUGUGCACACAGAAAGGGAGACUGAAGAGGUAAAAAUUGAAAAAGAGAGCCGUUCCCUAGAAGGUUUUGUUUCGGAACCUAACUUGGAGGUGGUUUGCGCCCUUGAAGUGCCAAAGAAAUCUAAAUCUAACAAGCUGUUGAGGGAUGCUGAAAGGAAGGAAAACAAGCGUGGUGGUAUUGGUAGUCCUACUGGAAGGAUUGCUGCUGAGUCUGCAUCUGAUGUUGUAUUAAACAUGAGUACUGGCAAAGAGAGCAGAGAAUUUAAGAAUUCAAAAAUCAUGACAAAACAAUCACUGACAACUGAUUCAGAGAAAAGGGAUUAUAAUAAAACUGUGCAUGACAAGCCUGACAAGCAGUUGACUGGAAAAUCAUCUGCAGGGUUUUCUUCCAAUAAGAAAUCUCUGCCAGGUAGCAGGCAGCACAAGACGGACAGUAGUGCUGAUACACGUCCGGCAAAGAAGCCAAGACUUAUGGACAGGGCUGGUGAAACAGAUAAGACAGUUGCCAAGAGUGAGACGAAGAACAUUAAUUAUGAAAAGCAUAAUGCUAUGAAACAUGAGCGAUCUACCGCUAUGGAAACAGGUAAAAACACAAUUCUUAAGACUGGUACCGGUGAUGAUAGGGCACGGAGAUCAGGUGUUGUUGUAUCACCCAUAUCAAGGCUUCAUUCUGAGGUCAUGGAACCAGCAUCUGGUUCUGUAACUCAGUCAGGUGUUGCUGAUUCUGUUAAAAAGGGUUCCAGCAUGAAGGAGGAUAUCUCACGUGUCGAUAGGCAAUUGGUGAAACCUAAGAGAAGAGCAUGUCGUUUUGAUGAUGAGGAGGAUGAAGGACAGCGGACACCACUUCAUAGAACUUCAGCCAAAUCUAUCGGGGAAAUUCAUAGAACUUCUGCCAAAUCUAUCGAGCAUGUCCCAAGUGAGAAAGCAGGUACUCGGGGAAAUUUUUUUUCGCAUGUUGGCAAUGCUUCUGGAAAAAAAUCAGGCCCUGCGAGAGAAGAGAAAUCAAGGAGUGUUAGGAUGUCACCUGUGAAGCAUGAGCCAGUUUUUUCUUCACCGAGUCAGGAUAAAGUGCAUGCUAGACACCAGGUAACGGGGAGAAGACUAAUCGCAGGGUCGGUUGAGACUCCUGCUGUCAUUGGUAACAAAAUGAACCUGGUUGAUUGCAAAUCCUCUGCUCAAGUAAAAAUGCCGGCAUCCUUUGAGGUGAAGAAACUUCAUAGUAGUUCUUCUAAACCAUUGCACCUAACAUCUGGGAACUCCCAUUCCCGAAACUAUCCUGCCUCAGAAAAGAUCGCCUUGCUGCCCAAAUCAGAAGAAACAAAGGCUAAAUCUAAGCCAGCUACGUCUGUUGAGCAUAAGGUGGGCACCAAUUUGUCAACUGAACGGACUGGGAAGCGGGAUCACUUGAAAGAGGAAAGAUCCAGUUCUGUUGAUAAAGCAGCUUCUUCUGAACCUAACCCUGACUCGGCCAAGUCAAUAAAACAUCUUAUUGCAGCUGCCCAAGCAAGGAGGAAUCUUAUGGCUUCUGCUCAUGCAAAAUUUGAUGGGUCUUCAACUGAUAAUGCUGCUAUUACCUCCACACCAUAUGGUUUGCCAGGACUAAGCCCUAGUCCUGUUUUCCGCAUUCCAUCCCCACCCAGAAUUGCUUUUCCCGAGAGUCCUGGCCAACGUAUUCUGAAAAGCCCAAUGGAGCUUGACAAUGGUCAUGGAAAGAGUCCCAAAUCUAGGCAGGCCAGCGGUUCACCUAGUGGUGGUACUGAUGCAGCAAUUGCUCGUGAUGCUUUGGAGGGAAUGAUAGAGACUUUAUCAAGGACAAAGGAUAGUAUAGGACGUGCAACACGCCAUGCAAUUGAGUGCUCUAAAUAUGGCAUUGCUGGAGAGAUUGUCGAGCUUCUCAUACAGAAAUUGGAGAGCGAGCCUAAUUUGCAUCGCAGAAUUGACCUCCUUUUUCUUGUGGAUUCCAUAACACAGUGUUCUCAUUCUCAGAGAGGAGUUGCCGGGGCUUCAUAUGUUCCCACUGUUCAAGCGGCAUUGCCCCGUCUUUUGGGUGCUGCUGCUCCACCUGGAGCUGGUGCUCGUGAAAACCGGCGCCAGUGCCUUAAAGUUUUAAGAUUGUGGCUUGAGAGAAAGAUUAUGCCAGAAGACAUACUCCGAAAGUACAUGGGCGACAUUGAGGUGCCAAAUGAUGGUACUAGCACUACUUUAAUGUUGAAGCGACCAUCCCGUGCUGAACGUUCUGUAGACGAUCCUAUUAGGGAGAUGGAUGACAUGCUUGUUGAUGAGUAUGGAAGCAAUGCAACUUUUGAGCUUUCUGGAAUUUUAUCAUCAAAAGUGUUUGAAGAUGAUGAAGACUUCCCACGAAAUAAUGGCUCAUCACCAUUUGUUUCACGGCCUGUUGAAAGCGAUGUCAUACGAGAAACUGAAGAGACUAUUGCUCCAGCAUCUGUUGAGGAACACAUUAUUAGAGUAGAGAAUGUAACUACUGAUGCUGCUAUGGAAGAUGCUUUAGAGAUACUAGGCAACAACCAACAGACUGAUGGAGCUGUCCUUAUUGAACAUGACUCUAGUCAAGAUCCAGGUUCAGAGCAGGCAUUGAUUGACCAGGAUGAGCUUCCCCCUCUACCUGAUGGCCCUCCACCGCUUCCGUCAGAUUCACCACCUCCUCCACCUCCUUUGCCUCCUUCGCCACCACCUGCUACACCGCCGCCGCCACCACCUCCACUUUCUCCAGCUUCACCACCUCCUCCACCACCUCCCCCACUGCCAUCUGGACCACCUCCUCGGCCUGCUCCACCACCUCCUCAGCCUGCUCCACCACCUCUACCAACCCAGGCCCCACCUCUUCCUUCUAUUCUGCUGCCUGUUCCUUCAUCUCCGUCAUCAUUGGGUUAUCAGCCUCCAGCUCCAGAGUACUUCAUGACGCCCAAUGGUAAACAAUUGACCCAGAUGACAGGAAAUACAUCAAUUCAAGCUAUUGGAAAUACAACAACCUUCAUUCCUGGUGGACCAGUUAAUGGACAAGCUGCGGUUAAUUUUGUUACUUCAAUGCCGGCAGAGUAUGGAAACAAUAACGUAUUUAUGGCACCACAAACUUCUAAUGGUAAUUAUCAGUUUCGGCCCACUGGUGUACCUUUUCAGCAAGGGAAUUUCAGUGCCUUUCCAUCUGCACAAACGCCUCCAGUUCAUCCCCACUCUCGUAUGGCACACAUGAAUCCCAUGGGCCAACAAGCUGUACCACCUCCGCGCAAUCCUUAUGCUGUGCAGUCCUUUCCAAACAGUCAGAGCCAUUAUCCACCUGAAGAACAUUGGCGGAUGGCAUCUGGUAACUUCAGUCCAGGUGGCAGAGCAUUAUCUUGCUCAGAAGGUCCAUUCAUGCAGGAUGGAUAUUCAAGAUCGAACAUUGACAGAUCUUCAAUGAAUCCUAUGAAUCAUCAACAUACUGUUCUGAAUCAUUUGCCGUCUGGAGCACCACUACCAGGUUUUGACGGGGAAAGCUCAGGGCAUUGGAGGCAAUUUGAAUUGAGUGCAACAGUUGGUGGCUUUGUUAGUCUGUGA